AUGUGCCUAUGCGCUACGGCGUUCACCACGUAUCUUGGGGCUACGGCGCACAGCACAUGGGUACUGGCCUACGACGCUACGGUGCUCAUCACAUUGGUGCAGGCUACGUUUCAGCCGAACUGGCCGGCGAGCUGUAACGGGGCGAGCAUCGGACACGCGUGUAUUGUGUACAGUGUAGUCGCACGUGUCGGCACCGUGUCGCCGUCUCGUGUCGGCACCGUGUCG